AUGCUGCAGCUGGGUUUGGACCUGGUACCCAGGAGGGAGUUCAGCAUGGUGGACCCGGAUGAAAUCAGCGUCACCGAGCUCUACCGGCUGAUGGAGAAUCGGCAACGGAAGAAGGAAACUCCGACUCCUGUCAGCACACAUCACCUGUUUGUCCAUUUGAAGAGUCUGAUGAGCUCAAACCUGGGUGAAGACCUGGAGGUCUUCUUCUUCAUCUAUGAUAGUCGAGAGAACAAACCGCUCAGGAUGUGAUCUUCAAUCAUAACCUCA